UCCAGCGCGGUCACCCGGUUCAACGCCGUCGGGGGCUGGAGCAGCCGCCCCCACCUGCAGGCCAGGAUGUGGGACCCCCGUAACAUGCCCGCGCGCUGUGCGAACAGGCGGUUCUUCUCGCCCUGGGCAGUGCAGGAGGCACGAGGUCCGCGUUUGCGCGCGGUCCCCAGGGCGCGGGCCAGGCGCGCAGCGGGCGGAGGCAGGGCCGCGGGGAUGCUCUGGCGGGCAGGAGGCAGCGCGGGCCAGGAGGCCGGACACCGAGCACACCGCGGGGGGCUGGGGACGCGGGCGUGUCCCCCCUCCGGCAGAGCAGGAAUUCCAGGAAAUGCGCAGUCCGGACAGCGGGGUGGAGCGGGGCCGGGCCGAGCCGAGGGGUGUGUCCGGGGCGUGUCCGGGCAGACCGGGGCGUGUCCCCGGAGCGUCUGGGGCGUGUCCGGGGCGGGGCCUGUCCGGAGGCGGGGCCGAGCCCCGUUAAGAGGCGCGUGGCGGGCUCCCGGGGAAGCUGAGCCACGAGCCCGAGCCCGCCCGAACCCCACGGACCUGCAGCGGACGGAGACGCGCCGGAACGCGCACGGCACCAUGACCCAGACGCCCACCUUCGACAAGCUCAAAGUGGAGCUACACGUCCACCUGGACGGCGCCAUCAAGCCCGAGACCAUCUUGUACUAUGCCAAGAAGAGGGGCAUCCCCCUCCCCGCUGACACCGUCGAGGGGCUGCAGGCUGCCAUCGGCAUGGACCACCCGCUCAGCCUCCCGGGUUUCCUGGAGAAAUUCAACAUCUACAUGCCCGCCAUCGCGGGCUGCCGGGAGGCCAUCAAGAGGGUCGCCUACGAGUUCGUCGAGACGAAGGCCAAGGAGCGCGUGGCGUACGUGGAGGUGCGCUACAGCCCCCACCUGCUGGCCAACGCCAAAGUGAAGCCGCUGCCCUGGAACCAGAAGGAAGGGGACCUCACCCCUGACGAGGUAGUGCAACUCGUGUGCCAGGGCCUGCAGGAGGGCGAGCGGGACUUCGGGGUGAAGGUGCGGUCCAUCCUCUGCUGCAUGCGCCACGAGCCAAACUGGUCCCCGGAGGUGGUGGAGCUGUGUAAGAAGUACCGGUCGCAGAACGUGGUGGGCAUGGACCUGGCUGGGGACGAGACCCUCGUGAACAGCAGCCAUGAACCGGGACACGUGAAGGCCUAUGAGGAGGCUGUGAGGAGCGGCGUCCACCGCACUGUCCACGCCGGCGAGGUGGGCGCAGCAAAGAUGGUGGAAGAGGCCGUGGACAUCCUGAAGGCGGAGCGGGUGGGCCAUGGCUAUCACACCGUGGACAACGAGGCCCUGUACCAGCGGCUGCUGCAGGCAAACAUGCACUUCGAGGUGUGCCCCUGGUCCAGCUACCUCACCGGCGCCUGGAAGCCCGACACGGAGCACGCGGUGGUCCGGUUCCGGAAGGACGGGGCCAACUACUCCCUCAACACCGAUGACCCGCUCAUCUUCAAGUCCACCCUGGAGACGGACUACAACAUGGUCGCGGGGAAGAUGGGCUUCACCCAGCAGGAGUUCCAGAGGCUGAACCUCAACGCGGCGCAGUCCAGCUUCCUCCCCGCGGCCGAGAAGGCGGAACUGCUGGAGCUACUGCACAAGGACUACGGGUCGCGCCCCUGAGGACGCCGUGGCCAAGUCACGUCGCUGAGCCCCGGCCUCGCCCUGUGGUGGACGGCGCCUCCCCCUGCCCCACGGGCCCCAGCGGCGCUGGCCCGAGACCCGGCCGGGAAGACACGGACACCCGGGGGCCCGCGGGCCUGUCCCCGCACCCGGCACC